UCAUCUGUAACAGUACUCUACCAAACGAACAGUCGAAAACAGGAAUUACUCUAGGUUUUGAUCACAAUUUUGAGCAUCUUAAAUUUACUUAAUUUAAAAUUAGUAGAAAAAAAAUAGUGGAAUGUCAUUGGUGCCGAUAUUCUUCCGCGACUGGUGGGACGAUGGCUGGUGGCCCAGCCCGUUCGGACGAACUUCCCGACUUUUCGACCAGCAUUUUGGCAGUGGAAUUUUCAGCGAUGAUCAAUUCCGGGCGAUGACUAGCUGUCAUCCGCAGGACCUGCGACGGCUGGGUUUCGCCCGUCCAUGGGCUAAUUGCAGUCACUUCGGCCAUUGGAACAAUGGUAUUUCAACGGCAAGCGAUUGUGAAAAAUUUCAGAUCAAUCUAGAUGUACAGCAAUUCAGUCCCAAUGAGAUCACAGUCAAAACCACUGACAACAACUUAAUUGUGGAAGGUAAACAUGAAGAAAAACAGGACGAACAUAGUUUCGUUUCGAGGCAUUUUGUGCGGCGCUAUGUUUUACCAGCUGGCCACGACGUUAAGGAUGUCAUAUCGUGCCUUUCCUCCGACGGCAUUCUAACCAUAACGGCUCCGAAGAAGGCUUUACCACCGUCUUCUACCGGUAGUAUUGUGAAUGAAAGAACGAUUCCGGUGACGCAGACGGGAGAAAAUGAGAAGUAAAUUUGUAAUUCAGUGCUAAAGCACAUAAAGAAAAGUUUUGUUAAUUUUUGUGAACGAAAUAAUAAAUAAACUAUCAAAUCACUGUA